AUGUUGUCCCGGUUCUUGAGGAGUCCAGAUCUUUUCUAUCAGCAUUGGACAGGGCAUGCCCAUGAAGAAUCCAUGAAAAAUGGACACGACGUGAAUAAGAUGCUUCGCUCCACCUCCUACAACGGGUUUGGGGAUGCCCUCACCACUCAGCCUCAACCAAGCAGGUCCACCAACAAAACAAACGUCUCAGGUGGAAUGGACCUCAGCUACGUCACUGAACGGAUAAUAUCCCUGUGGUUCCCCUCCAACACCAAUUCACAUGCCUACCGACAGGGACAGCAACAGGCAGCUCACAUGCUCAGAAACAAACACGGAGACAACUAUAUGGUUUUCAAUUUGUCGGAACCGAAAAGGGCAUUGAGAAGCGAACACAAGCACGUCAAAGAGGUGGGAUGGUCGCCCACUUUAGCUCCCCCGCUAGAGAGGCUUUGCAGCGUUUGCAAAGAAAUCGAAUCCUGGCUCUCUGGCGACCAGCACAGGAUAGCUGUCCUACAUGCCAGGGGGAAUAAAGAUAAACUAGGAGUAAUAGUAGCGGCCUACAUGCACUAUUCAAGCAUUUGUGGGAAUGCCGAGCAAGCCUUGGAUCGUUUCUCGAUGCGGAAGUUCUUAGAUGACAACGUUGGUCCCCUAGCAAUUCCCUCGAAUAAAAGAUAUGUGGAAUAUUUUGCUGGUCUGCUAUCGCAUAACAUCAAAAUCAACGCUUCUCCCAUGUAUCUCACUCACGUGACUGUUUUGGGAGCCCCCGCAUUCCAAUCUGGAGGUUGCAAAGCCUUUUUGAAGGUCUACGAAGGACAUACUCCGGUCUACACUUCAGGUAUCUACUCGGUGUCUAGUGGCACCACCCACUUCACCGUAAACAUGACAGGAGAGGGGGGUCGAAAAGGGGGUCUGCGAUUGCGCGGAGAUGUGCUCGUCAAGUGCUAUCAUCGGUCCUCCGAACACUCCCGAGAAACUGUAUUCGCCUGUCAGUUCCACACAUGCGCGGUGGCGGACAAUACUUUGAGCUUCACAAGACAAGAGCUAGAUGUCGCUUGUGAUGACACUCGUUUUCCUGCUGAUGGUGCCGUCGAACUGCAUUUUUCACCGGGCCCAGAAGGUCGGCACCCUGUUCCUGCCCCCACCCCUGCCGUACCCUUCACCAUCGCCGAUGACCACGUGACCAGGGCCGACAGCCCGCUGCUGAUCGAACAAUACGACAACGAUGAAGAUGAAUACGACGAAGACGACGUGAAUCAUACCUUUGGACCAUUAGACGGCAGUAUCUACGCCACUAUUGCCAAAAAACCCGAACUAUCCCCGGGUGCUGUUUCUAGUCCAUUGACAGUGUCGAUGGACAGUGGCAUCUCUUCAGCGGGCCACCAGCAGAACGCCAAUACCACCGCCUCCGCCAGUCCACCGCCCACAUCGUCAUCGGCCCAGCCGUCCCCACUCACUCCCGAGGACCACCAUCGCCAACUCGACGAGCUCCUCUCCGACAUGAUGCUCACCGUCCAGAGCAUUCCCGACCUCAAGCCGAGCCACAACGACUUCGGCAACGACGCGCGGUUCGGACUUAACGACAGCGAUACACGCGCGCGGUUUGGCAUCGACGACAGUGAGGGGCGUGCACGGUACGACGUUAACGAUAGUGACUCGCGUGCACGGUUCGCCGUUAACGAUAGUGACUCCCGCGGGCGGUUCGGCAUCGACGACAGUGACUCGCGUGCGCGGUUCCCCGUUAACGAUAGUGAUUCGCGCGCGCGGUUCGGUAUUGACGACAGCGACGUUCGGUACAUCGACGACGACGACGAUCGGGGUAUUCCGUACCACGCGCGGCAGGCCAGCCAGCCGUUCAGUUACGGGGUGAGUGCCGAAAUGGUGGCGAUGCCUGAGGGGAAGACGGGAGCACCGCAGGGGUUGUCGAGUCCGGGGUUGGUGAGGAAGGCGAGCGGGUCUCGGAGCAGUACUUUGCAGCAUGUCAACAACCAUCAAAACAACUCCAAUAACAGAUUAGGCAACGGCGACACUCUUCAGAGGGUGCAAACUCGGGUAUACCCGGGAGAUUUCCCAUCCCCCGUAAAACCCUCCACUUUACCCUAUUCAAAACGCGACCCCAUCGACAACAUCUUCACGGAGGAGGCUCUGAAAGCUCAACCGCUCCGGAGGGAGUUUCGCGAAGAGUUUUACAAAGAGGAGGUUAAGCGAUUUGAUCCUCUCAAGCGCAGCUUGACGGAGGGUACGAUCCAGAGGAACCCUGAGAAAAGCUACAAGGUGUCACCGACUAGUCAAUACUCAGAUUCGGUCAGUCUGUCACCACCUGGAGCUUUCAGAAACUCCACCAGGUCACCAGAGUUUCAUGAAGGAUACGCCACAGGUGGUUCCAAUUUGACAUGGCUGCAGCGCCAGCAGCAAAAGCUGAAAGAACGGCGAGAGCUGGUACUACGCGAAGAAAGACAACCGCACGAGACUCGCCUACUGUCUGAGCUGCGCACCGUUCAAAGUCGGCACAUGCGCCCUACGGCCAGUCACAGGCUGGACGGAUACACUAGCGACACCACUGCUUUCGCGGACGACGACGACGAAGACUACAGGAUACCGCUGCACAUCAAUACAGCGCACAAAAACGGCAGUCACAAGUCGAGUAAUGGCAACAGCUACUCCACCACCGUCAAUAACGAGAGACCUUUCAUGACUGUCAAGAGGGCACAUGAAAGAUAUGCCCAGAACGGUACUACAACUCCCGCACAAAUCCUGGCUGCCCAUCCCAUGGGCCAGAUAGUAGGUUCUCCCUCCAGAACGAAAGGGGAAUCGGAGGGGAUCGACCAACCAGACGGCAGCGGUCUCUUAUCGCUAGUUAAAGAGCAGCAGCACCAGCAACAGGUACUCUACAAGUUGGGCAGCAGUCAACAGCCCAGAUACAAUGGCCAACGGACGCUAAGACGAGAAGAGUCCGUCCAGUCGUGGCGAUCGGGGGGCACGACCACAGAGCCGGACUCCAGCCCCUCCCACGCCUCUUCGCCCCGCCCACAAACGCCCGCCUUCCCGGUGCACGCGCGAACCCCCUACUCUAACUCCUCCUCUUCUGCCACGCCCACCGCACACGUGCAGUUCGAUUUGUCAGCGACCGCCGAACGGUUACCGCCCAAGAGUCCUACCACCCAACGCCGGUUGAGUUUCCCAUCAUCAUCAGCUAACAAAAAUUCAAUGAAGUGGUCGUUUUUCCCAGAGAGAAAGGACCGACCGACUUCUCCGACCGAACUUUCGAACGGCUCUGCUACGGAAUAUUCGCACACCCUGUCGCACCGUAGCGUAUCGACUACGCCAAAUUCAAGCUUCAGAGAGAGCACCGAAACUUCUUACCAGCACAGUCCGAAAAGUCACACUCAAAAUGGAUCGUAUUCUCCGACCGUUUACUACGGAACGUCAAGAAGAAGUUCCGUCAAUUCUAACGAGUCUCCUCACGAAGUUUCAGCUGCCAAUGUCAAAUUCGUUAGAGAUUCUUCCAAGUAUUGGUACAAGUCAACCAUAAGUCGAGAACAAGCGAUUACCAUCCUGAGAGAUCAGCAACCUGGUACGUUCGUCGUACGAGAUUCGAAUUCUUUUCCUGGCGCUUUCGGUCUGGCGCUGCGAGUGGCCACAAUACCCUCGAACGUGCAGAACAAGACAGGCACCAGCGACGAGCUAAUCAGGCACUUCUUGAUCGAACCGACGUCACGAGGAGUUCGUCUGAAGGGCUGCCAAAACGAACCAGUGUUCACUUCUUUAUCUGCACUCAUCUACCAGCAUUCGAUCACCCAAAUGGCGCUCCCGUGCAAGUUGAUUCUUCCCGAGGACGAUUUGAGAUACGGCGAGCUGAACGGCAGUCAACAGCAACAGCAGUCUCUGUUCACGCAAGGCGCCGCUUGCAACGUCCUCUACCUCGCUACCAUGGACAUGGAGUCUUUGACGGGUCCGCAAGCUGUCAAAAAAGCGGUGACUCAGCUCUUCCAGGAAUCCCCCCUUCCCAGAACCGCUACCGUGCACUUCAAGGUCAGCGAUCAGGGCGUCACGCUCACCGACAACAAGCGGAAACUCUUCUUCCGGCGUCACUAUCCGGUGGGGGCGGUUUCGCAUUGCGGAGUCGACCCGGAUGAUCGGCGCUGGUUGGUCGAUUCCGAAGAAGCGGGUGCUUCCAAAAGCACAAAUCGAAUAUUCGGCUUCGUAGCAAGGAAACCAAAUGUCAGCAACCCCGACAAUCAGUGCCAUCUAUUCGCAGAACUGGAACCAGAACAGCCUGCUACAGCCAUCGUAAACUUUCUCAAUAAAGUUUUGACUUCCAGUGGAGUAAAACCCAAUAUAGUGUAG